UAAUACAAUCUCAUGUUAUUGACGUAUUGAAUGACGUCUACGUCAGCCUGACAACUGCCCUUCUCAAGAUGGCGCUGCGGCCGGGAUCAUCUGGAGGCGGCAGUUUCAUGUAUCCUGUCGGAGGGAGCUUGGGACCGCCACAAGGCAUGAUGCCCAUGCAGCAGCAGCAACAGACACAGCAACAGCAGCCACAGCAGGGAUUCCCAAUGGUCCAAGUCAUGCAGCCAAAUAUGCAAGGCAUGAUGGGAAUGAAUUUUGGGGGACAGAUGCCUCCAGGAGCGAUACCCAUGCAGGCAGGGAUGGCGAUCGGGAUGCAGACCCCUGGGAUGCCGUUUUUGGCCCAGCCCCAGUUCAUGGGCAUGAGACCUGCUGGCCCACCGUACACCCCAGACAUGCAGAAGCAAAUGGCUGAGGAGCACCAAAGGCGUCUGGAGCAGCAGCAGAAGAUGCUGGAGGAGGACAGGAAACGGCGACAGUUUGAGGAGCAGAAGCAGAAGCUCAGGCUGCUCAGUAGCGUCAAACCCAAGACGGGGGAGAAAAGCCGGGACGACGCCCUGGAGGCGAUAAAGGGCAAUCUGGACGGUUUCAGCAGGGACGCCAAGAUGCACCCCACGCCAUCUUCUCAGAGCAAGAAGCCAGACUUGUCGUCUUCAUCAUCAUCACCAUCACCCCACUCCUCUGUCACCACCCCGUCUGUCCCCCCACCUUUAUCUGAGGACAAUGAUGAAUUUAGUGACUUUCAAGGGUCUGCCUCCUCCUCCUCUUCCUCCUCGUCUGGUGUGACGUCCUCCCGCAGGCCCGUCAUGGCCGCACCUGCCAUGACUGUUUUCCCUGAGGGGGACGAGGAGUUUAGCGACUUUGUUCAGGGCCCUGUCGGUUCCGAACCCUCGCUCCUUUCCCCUCAAGUGCACCCUUCCCUCCCUUCCUCUGUGUCCCUUCCCACUGCUGCACUUCCUCCACACACUGCCAUCAGCAGCAGCUCUCAAACUUCAUUUCAAGGCCCCUCUCUGGAAGAGAAGCUUUUCUCCUCUUGCGACCUCACCGCUGACAAGACGGCCCACUUGAACUUUAAACCCAGGCAGACGUUGACUGAAAUGAGUCCCAGAGCUAGAGUUUCCGCCCAGUUUCAGAGCAGCAGUAAGGCCAGGAACUGGGCCACGGCCUCCGCGGACUUGAAUCUUCAGUCCGUCUUCGUCAUGCAAAUACCACCCGAGGCCACUGCCUCGGGGCCCGACGUGGUGCCAACUGCUGCCAAUCCCUCCUCUCAAAGCAGUGGUCAGAGGGCAGGUGUUGGUGUGUAUCCACAACAAGAGCAAAUCCAGUCCCUCCCGCCAGCUUGGUUGUACAACGACAGCCUCAUCCCAGACAUGUUCAAAAAGGUUCUGGAGUUCAGCAUGACUCCGGCCGGGAUCGACACAGCCAAGCUGUACCCGCUGCUCAUGUCGUCAGGUCUUCCUCGAGAGGCUUUGGGCCAAAUCUGGGCAUCGGCCAACCGCACGACACCUGGCAUGUUGACUAAAGAGGAGCUCUACACUGUGCUGGCGCUAAUAGGUGUUGCACAGAGUGGCCUGCCUGCAAUGAACGUGGAAAUCCUUGCUCAGUUUCCAUCGCCACCGGUUCCUAACCUACCGGCCCUCGCUAUGGCCUUGGCCCCCGUCAUGUCCCAGCACCAGCAGCCUAUAAUGACCCACCCGCCAGUGUCCAUGCCUAUGCCCGCACCGCCUUCCACAAUCAUGCCCCCCAUGACAACAGUACCGGCUCAGACAUCUGCGAACUUUAUUGCUAGUUUCCCUCCUGCUCAGGGAACCAAAGUGGAAGACGAUGACUUCCAGGAUUUCCAAGAGGCUCCCAAGGCUGGAACCGGCGAUCAGCCAUUCUCUGACUUCCAUGGAGAGUCAAGGGCAAGUUUCCCUGCCAGUGUAACGACACAGCAUCAAAGCAGUGCAACGGCCAUGUUAACUCCCCAGACCGGUGCAUCCACUGAUAAGUAUGCCGUCUUCAAGCAGCUAUCUGUGGAUCAGCCCGCAGAAAUCACGCCGCCUACCUCAGAUGGGGGAGACAAAUACAGUGUGUUUAGACAACUUGAAAAUCCCACUGACAGUAAACCAUUAGGUGAAGGAUUUGCCAAUUUUAAGUCCGUCCGAAGCGAUGACGGCUUCACGGACUUUAAAACCGCCGACAGCGUUUCUCCACUAGAGCCUUCGGAGCAGGCCAAGAUUUUCCAGCCCGCCUUUCCUUCUCCUUUCCCUAAUUCCCAAUCUGUUCAACAACAGCAGCAACCACCAGCCAUUUCUAUUCCUCAAACCAAAAACCUUCUCAACAUUGCAGACCUGGACCUUUUCUCUUCUAUCGCGCCCUCUGCCGAGACAAAAACUGGCACCAAGCCCGAAAGCUUUGGGGACUUUACCCUAUUUGGGUGUUCAUCUUCAGACACCACUCAAGCUCCGGCGCCGGCGCCGCGGGACGACUUCGCUGACUUCAUGGCGUUUGGCAGUUCUGGCGGGGAGCCCAAAGGCGACAAGACUUCGGACAAGUAUGACGCCUUCAAGAAGCUGUCCUUGGAGGGCGGUGGCCUGACCUACGACGACACCAAGGACGGUGGCAGUGACGACUUCGCCGACUUCCAGUCGUCCAAAUUCUGUACAGCGCUGGGUGCUUCGGAAAAGACGCUCGUGGACAAGGUGGCCACCUUCAAGCAGGGCAAAGAAGACUGCGCCUCUGUUAAGUCCUUGGAUCUCCCAUCCAUCGGCGGCAGCAGCGCUGGGAAGGACGACUCUGAGGACGCUCUGUCGGUGCAGCUGGACAUGAAACUGACCGACGUGGGCGGGGACUUGAAGCACGUCAUGUCAGACAGCUCGCUGGAUCUGACGGGGCUCUCGUCCCACCAGCCGCCCGCUACAGAAGGAGACGACAUGAAAUUUGACCCCUUCGGGACCUCAGCCCUCAGCAGCCUGGCCAAUUAUGACUGGUCGGAGCGAGAGGAACCGAACAUUCAGGGGGGUCCAACUUCUGUUCACCCUCCAAAUGCCAAACUCGAGAUUCCUGCCGCCUCGCCCGCCAAGUUGGCCGAGGAUGACAAGUUCCGACCCUUUGCCGACUUCACCGAUUGUGAAGACCGGAACGGCAAAAACGAGGAUGACUUUGGGGAAUUUGCCGGCACGGUGUCGGAGAAACCUGACUCGGCCCCCGAGAUCGCCUUGGAGGCUGACCCGAGUGAUGACCCGGAUGAUUUUGGCGCCUUUCAGGGAGACAAGCCAAAGUUUGGAAAAUCCGACUUCCUGAAAGCUAGCGCUCAGCCUAAAGUCAAAUCCAGCGAGGAGAUGAUCAAGAAUGAGCUGGCCACGUUUGACUUGUCUGUUCAAGGCUCUCACAAGCGCAGUCAUAGCCUGGGUGAAAAGGAGAUUGGUCGCCCGACCCCAUCACUGCCUCCUGAGCAGCCUUUCCGAGACCGAUCCAGCACCCUAAGCGAGAAGCCUACCCUUCCCGUCAUCCGUGACAAGUACAAGGACCUGACUGGAGAGGUGGAGGAAAGCGAGCGUUAUGCUUACGAGUGGCAGAGAUGUUUGGAAAGUGCUCUUGAGGUUAUCACCAAAGCCAACAACACCCUGAACGGCAUCAGCAGCUCAUCUGUGUGCACUGAGGUCAUCCAGUCCGCUCAGGGCAUGGAGUAUCUUCUGGGUGUGGUGGAAGUGUACCGCGUGACCAGGCGGGUGGAACUCGGCGUCAAGGCAACGGCGGUGUGCUCGGAGAAGCUGCAGCAGUUGUUGAAGGACAUCAGUCGCGUCUGGAACAACCUCACUAGCUUUAUGUCACUAGCUAAGCUGGUGCCCGAUGAAAGCUCUCUUGAUUUCACUUCCUGCGUUCUGCGGCACGGUAUCAAGAACGCCAAGGAGUUGGCGUGCGGGGUGUGCCUGCUCAACGUGGACUCUCGUAGCAAGACUAAAGAAGGAAGCACACUCGGACGCCUUUUUAAAGCAUUGACUCCAGAAAGUGUUCGGAAGUCUGCGGCGUUCAACUCAGAGACAGACAACUUCAAGCUAGUGUAUGGAGGGCACCAGUACCAUGCUAGCUGCGCUAACUUCUGGAUCAACUGCGUGGAGCCCAAGCCACCAGGACUCAUCCUGCCCGACUUGCUCUAAACUUCCCAACGUUCAACUUUUUGUUUCUUUGUUUCGUCCUCCUUUCCAUUGACGACCAUUUUACUCUCAUGACCGGAUCCUAUUUAAAGUUUGAAGUUGACAGCUUCAUUCUGCUGGAAUGUCUCAAAAUGGAUGCUGAUUUGUAUGUGCUCGUUUUAAAUAUUUUUAAAAUCUUCUUGGCUGGAAGACAACUAUUUUUAUUUUGUAUUUUCAGUUUCCGGGUAUUUAACUGAUGUACAUUUUAACUCAUUCGGGGCAUUGAAAGGGAACAAUUUAAUUUAAUCCAUUUGUGGCUUUGAAUGUGUUGUGUGAAUGCUAUGUAAAUAAACAAGUGCAACAGUUUGAAUUUCUUUGAAUUUUUCCCCUGCCCAAAAAUUCAUAUCUUUGUCCUGCCCUAGCAAACCCUUAUCUGACCUAGCUUCCCUUUUCCUUUUCUUGAUAUCCCCUUGACAAGAAUAGUCAGAAAGCAAUGUUAACGCUACAUACAAUUACAAAUAUGAAGGUGAGGCAACAGUGAUUUACGAAGGCUAAAAUAACAAUAUUUAAGAAUGUAAACAAGUGUAUGUUUGUAAACCCGAGGUGGUUCCAUGUUUAGCCACGUGAAUGCGAAACCCUCGCAUGCUGCAUUCUAUGCAUGCCUCUCUCUAAGCCAAGUCAGGCAGUACACCAAAGCUUGAUGUCAAUAUUAACAAAUGUCAUCUGGUCUUGUAAAUGUUUUUUUUUUUACCCAAGAUCUACAAGAAUUUGCUUUAUAACAAUGUUGUGAAUGCCAAAGAUGAAUCCGUCCUUAACUUUUAAAUAAUCCCCCUGACACUUGUCAGCAAAAUAGCAAUGUAAUAACUUGUGUUUGUGUGUGACGGAGGCAGCAGUUCCACCACCUUUUCUAGGGCUCGAGCGACAUGCAUUGAAUUACCAGAUUUGGAUGAUGGGCUUUUUUAUAAAGAUUAUUUUGAAAUAAACUUAUUUAAAUUUAAUUUGAUCUAAUGGACUUCGUAAUGGGUGUCAUUUCAACAAAUGCCAUAAAAAGAAUAACUGCAAAGUCCUAUAAUCACGAAACAAAACCCUACUUUGGCACCCUAACACUAGUUUAAAAUCAUAAUUUGUAUACCUGUCAAGUUGU